AUGAAGCUUCUACGGCGCAACCCCCGCAGCCUUUAUCUCUGGACGCUUCUUGCAGCGGGAGCAGCAGGAGCAGUAGCGCGCCCGACAGCUGCCGACACAGCUAUCAACAAACCUGACUUGCCGCAAUGCGGAUCUCCCCCAAGCGCCAGCUGUGUGCUGCAGCAAGCUGCUGCCCUACAGGAGUGGGGGAUAAACAUACGGAGACAGCUGCAUAGACACCCGGAGCUGAUGUAUGAGGAGGAGAGGACUUCGGCAUUGGUGCAGCAAGUGCUCACAGAAUUGGGCAUAAAGUACACACCUGGUUGGGGCAGAGACCGCCGAUCAUCUCUUGUCGAUGAGUCUUUGCUAGAGCCAUCUACUGAGCGGGGGGACGCGGAGGCGCUGCAAGAAAUGCAGCAGCAGCAGCAACAGCAACAACGGCGGCAGCAAGAAACAACUGGGGUUGUAGGGACAGGAGUUGUCGCUGAAAUUGGGACGGGAGAGGCCCCAUGCGUCUUACUACGAGCAGACAUGGAUGCACUACCUAUUCACGAGCAGGCAGACGUUGCUUUCAGAUCUGAGGUGGAGGGGAAGAUGCAUGCCUGCGGCCAUGAUUCACACACUACAAUGCUCCUCAUGGCUGCAGCCAUUCUAAAGAAAAACGAGGCUUCUAUUAAAGGCACAGUGCGGCUGGUGUUUCAGCCCGCCGAAGAGGGGGGCCAGGGAGCGAGAAUGAUGGUCGAGGAGGGUUUGUUAGAGCAGAGUCCAAGGCCAGGGUUGGCUUUGGGGCUGCAUGUUCUUCCUGAUAUACCGACGGGCAUUGUCGCCUCGAGAGAGGGGCCCCUCAUGGCUGCCACUGGAAGCUUUCACUUUGAGAUCGUUGGAGUUGGUGGCCAUGGGGCAAUGCCAUCUCAGACUCACGACCCUAUUACUGCAUGCGCUUCUGCAGUGCAGAACAUAAACAGCUUUGUGGCGAGGGAGAACGAUUACUCAGCUGAUUCAUCUGGAUUUGUGUCUGUCACCCAAAUCCAAGCGGGGAGCGCAUUUAACGUCAUUCCAUCAGAAUGCACUCUUAAGGGAACCGUGAGAGCGUUUAGCAACGAGAAACUCCGGGAAUUGCAACUUCGACUUCGUCAGGUUGUCCAGCGUACAGCCGAGGCUUUCCGUUGUAGCCUACGGGUCCGCAGUCUUUAUACAAACACGCCGGCUCUCCGUGUACACCCCGAGGCGCUUGAAGUUUUUAAAAAGGCUGCCUCUGCAGUACUCCCUAGUGGUCGAGUGGAAGCGAUGCAGCCGACGUACGGUGGUGAAGACUUUUCUUUCGUGUUGGACAAACUUCCAGGAGUCUUCGCGUUCAUUGGAAUUGGGAGCGGCGCCAAGAAGGCAGGGCACGCGCCAACUUCUUUCGGUCUACACCACCCGAAGUUUGCUGUAGAUGAAGAAGCACUGCACCUGGGUGCGGCAGUUGAGGCGCAGUUUGCUUUUGAUGCUAUAAACCAUUUGCUGGACCACCAGAUCCAAAAGGAACAGCCAGUACCGCAUGAGAAGCAAAAGCACAAAGAGGAGUUGUAG